ACUGCACGGGGUGGGCUCUCCGCAGUGUCUCAGCCUGUGCUGCUGCCGUGACAUCUGUUGCUGGUCGGUGCUGUAGUUGCCGGGAUGGGGAGACUCAGCGGUUCGCUGCGAUGUGUCAAGUACCUGCUGCUCACAUUCAACCUCAUCUUCCUGUUGGCAGGAUCAUCAGUAGUAGCUGUUGGUCUGUGGCUUUUAUUCAGUGGACAGGUAAAGAAAUUAAACACAGAUGAUGAAGAAGUCUAUGCCUACUUUUAUCUUGGGCUUUAUAUUCUGAUAGGAGCGGGGGCUCUGAUGAUGGUCAUUGGCUUCUUUGGUUGCUGUGGAGCUGCCCGGGAAUCACAGUGUUUGCUUGGAGCGUUUUUUGCCUGCUUACUUGUCAUUUUUGCCACAGAAAUCACUGCAGGUGUAUUUGCGUUUUUGGGUAAAAAAAGGACUGUUACAGAUAUUCAACAUUUAUACUCGGAGGCUUACAAAAAUUUUAUAGACAAAGCGGAAGGAAACAGAACACUGCAAGAAGUUCACAGUUUGGCAAAAUGCUGCGGGAAUGAGGACCCUAAGAGCGCAGAGCAUGUGAGCAGCUUGUGUUUAGAGGAGUAUAAACAGCAUAAGAACUGCUUGGAAGAGAUUGAGAAGGUGGUGCAUCAUAAUUUCCAGAUAGUUGGAAUACUUGCAGUCUGUACAGCCGGAAUAACGAUCUUCGGGAUGGUCUUUAGUUUGGUCCUCUGUUGUGCCAUUCGGAACUCUAGUGAUAUGCUCUGAUCAGCAAACGCAUUUCGCCUUGUUCUCCCAACCUGGAUCACCAUGCUACCUGCUGGCACAGGGACUGUUAAACACCUGUCGGCUCGGACAAUCUUUUUUGCCCAAGCAAUGUUAAAUAAGCAAGAUGCUAAGCUGUGUUCUGUGUAAUGCUAUGCAAUGUACUAUAAAAUCCAUUGCUCUGAAGAGCUAAUAUUGUAUGAUUUAGUCUGUUUUUUUCAUAUUGCAUUUAAUGGUUAAUGCUUUGAAGAGGCAAUGCCACAUAGCAAAUAGCAUUCUGUAAUGUACUACUGUAUAAAGAUUCAGUUUCCUUUCUUCUCUCUGUGUACAAAUGACUGAGACCUUACCUUUCUAUGCAGUUACAUCCUUCUAUUUAACUGAAAAUGUUAAUAUUGCUGUAAAGUUACUGUAAAGAAAGUACAAUGUUUGAGACUGUUUUGAGCAUUUGGUUAUUAAAAAUAUUAAAUAUCCAAAAACAUAAA